AUGAGUACCCCAGGUAUAUCGCUAGGCUUGAUUGGUGUAAGUGUCGAUGUAUUGAUCACCCGAGUCCCGACGACAUCUCGAUUUCACACACAAGCCAGCUCUUCCGAUCGUGCGGACGGUGGAGCUCAAACCAGUUCUCUUCAUGCCGAUGAAUGCCAGGACUUCUCUGUCUACGCUUCACUCAUCCAGUCAUGGUUGUACUUUGGCCUGCUGCGCGAAUGUCUGCUUCGCCCAGUGGACGUCGACUCUUUUUUCAAAGCUGACGGUAGAGGACGGCAGGUCUUAAACACUGACCUCCUCCGCAACGAGGUUGAUGCAUGCGAAGCUCGCUUGGAAGAGAUGCCUGCUGAGCAAGCCAGAGAAUGCAUCGCAAACGGUGUCAAAUGCGUAUCGUGGGUCAAAAUCAAGGUAAGAGCUAUGUCGGACCGCACUCUAGCAUCCAGAACCGAGUAUGUUCAGACCGCCCCUGUUCCCGGGGAAUCAAGCCGGGCGCGAGAUCAUCUUCCCGUGGCCGCGAGGGCUCGUAAAAUGAACUUUUGGCGUAAACACGGCAGAGAAAUCCUCCCCAACAGUCUGGAACUCGCCAUCGUGGUGUUGCGGUAG